UGUGUGUGUGUGCUUCACAGUUUACAGUACACCGUGAACCGUGCUGUAAUGAGCAGAGCUGGAGCGCGCAGAAGAAGACUGAGGAGAGUGGGACGGUCUCGGACCCUCAGCGCUGAGUCCUCUGCUGCAGGAAUCUCAGGUGUAGAAGUGAAUCAGGUGACCAAAGGUUUUCAAAAGAUGAAUAUGAGGGACGCAGACGACGGAUCAUCAUCAUCAUCAUCAUCAUCAUCAUCAUCAUCGGAUGCAAAGAAGCAGAAACUCUCAGAGUCGAGCCGAACACACCAGAGGCCCACUCCACACAGAGGUUUGCUGAAUCACGGAGCGACGUGUUAUCUGAACGCAACCCUGCAGGUGCUCUUCAUGACCGAAACCUUCAGAGAGGAGGUGCUGCAUGGAAACACCAAUGACAGCGAUAAUGACCUAGUGUCUGCAUUAAAGCAGAUCUUCCAGGAGCUCAACAGUAACAGCGCGGCUCACAGCGUCUCCACACACACAGUCAUACUGGCUCUCGGUAUUCAGAGCGGAUACGAGCAGCAGGACGCAGUGGAAUAUUUCCUUCAUAUCCUAGAGAACGUCGGUCAUAAAUUGGCCAGGGUGUUCAGCGGAUCUCUGAGGAACAGCUGGACAUGUUCAGAGGGACACCUGUAUUAUGAGGACAGCAGCUUUAACACACUGCAGAUCCCCGUCACACACACACUCGAGGAUGGACUGUGUUCUUGUUUUGAGUCGACCACAUUAACAGAAGAUAACCAGAUGUACUGUGAAACCUGCGACGAGAAGAGAGACACUCAGUGGACUUGUGAAAUCCAUGAGUAUCCAGCAGUUCUGACUCUGCAUCUGAAGAGGUUUGUGUUUGACUAUAGACGUGGGUUUGUGAAAAACAACUUCCCGAUGGAUAUACCGCUGCAUUUAACUGUACAGGAGUGUGAAUAUUCACUGUACGCUGUGGUCAACCACCGGGGCGACCGUUACGGCGGUCACUACACCGCGGUCAUCCGCUGCUUUACUGAUAACAGGUGGUACUGUUUUGAUGACAGUCGAGUCACUGAGACGGAUGAGAGCCGACUGAAAGGGUCAGUGCAGUGA